AGCACCUUCUCGCGCAUUUUCAUUCAAGCACCAGGUCUGUCACUCCUUCGUUACCCACAGAGACGGAAGAAAGCCCAGCACAAACACUCCGGUUACGUACCGCCUUUCCUUUGCCUCUACAAGGGAAAAAAACACAGCAACAACAACUUCGACGCUCCUUUUAAAGAGCAGACGUCACAAUGUCCAAUUGGGCGGAUCAGGCACAAGAGGAGGAGGAGUUUUACAACGAUGUAGCAUCCCACGGCAGCUACAACUCGGAGUUCGAGGAUCCGAAGAUGUCAUGGGCGAACGCCAAGACGGAAACAACACAGGAGGCAGACGCCGAAGGCAACACCUACGUCGUGACGCGCAAGGUGCGCAAGUACCACGUGGACCGCCCGAUCUCUAUGGCUGACCUUCGCGCCCGCCUGAAGCACUUCGGCAAGGGUCUGGGAGACCAGACGACCUUGGUGUCGACGGAGCCGCCAUUGGCGCUAGAGAUGGGCUCCGUGGAUCAGUGGGAGCGUGAGACGCGCACAGAGGUGAAGCGAAUGAUCCACGAGGCGAGCAGUAUGGAGGUAGUGGUCAAGGAUGAGCACCUGCGCGUCAUUCGUGAACUCGAGGAGAAGGACAAGAAGGCGGCCCCGCGCACGGCGGCGGCCGGGUCGACGUGGGGCUCCGUCUCGAAGCCGACCGACUCACGCGAGCAGAUGUCCACUGGUAUUCGCAUCCGCAACCUGUCGGACGACGUUACGCAGGAGAACCUGUCUCGCAUUUUCGAGGGCUUCGGCUGGAGCGCGAAGUCGGUGCGUAUUCCGCGUGGCGACAACAACCAGACGCGUGGUUUCGCCUUCGUGAUCUUCGACGAGUCGUGGAUGGCGGACGCGGCCAUCCAAAAGGGCAAAUUCCACUUCAAGAACGUCGUACUCGACGUCUCGCGUGCCGAGACCCGCCUGUAA